UAUCUAUCUAUCUAUCUAUCUAUCUAUCUAUCUGUCCACUGCAUCGCUCAGGACUCUUCCUUGAUGCCAGAAAAUUAAGAGAGUAUCUUCUCCUGUUGACCCGCGGAUUGACGUGAUUGGGAGGGGGCUGGGGGGUGGAGAACGCAGAUACCCCCCACCCACCCCACCCCCAUUGCCUCUCUUUCCCUCUCCUUCUCACUCUCUGUCUCUCACCCUCUGCCUAUCCUGCACGUCUCUCGUCAUCCUCCCGUUCAUUCUCCUUUCUUCUCUUCCAUGCACUGAUUUUCUCCUAUUCGUCAUAAACCAAUUUUUACACACCUUCGAUUUUUUUUUCUGUAAUGUGUGAUAUUACAUCACUCCGCAACGCGACUCGGUUCAUUUUUAGUUCUUUGCCUGUUUUUCAUCUGACUAUGUGUUAUUUAGAUAUAUUCUUUUAAACCGAUUUCGGCGUUGCGUCGCUGCUGCGGAUAAAUUUUUUUUUUAUAAGGCUGAAGAAGUCGCAGAGAUAUCUAGCUGGCGGCUUCCUUCCUAACCUUAGAAUGAAAUGUUUUUAUUCCUUUGUAGCUGGCAAAUGAAAACGUUUCGUGCAAUUGCUUCUGCACUGAGUGGGCGAGAAAUACUCUUUGGAAUUUUUGUGCUUAUUAGAUGGACAGCUCACAGUCCUGCAGGGAGAACAGCCCUAUCAGCUUAAUCGGAGCACAAAUGCUCGCGCAGCGCUUUGGAGCCCCUUGAUGGUGUUCUUCCCUCGCUCGUUUUUUUUUCUGCCUUUAUUUCAUUAUUCCUUCUGGACGUUAAAGCAGGACGUCUUUCUUAUUUCCCUGCACCUCACUCGCCUGCUCUAUCGCCCUCUUUCGUUUCCUCACUCACACACUCUCUCUCUCUCUCUCUCCCGCUCUCUCUCUCUCGCUCUCUCUGUCCUUUUUGCCGCCUUUGUCGAAAUUCGCCGCAUUGCCGAGUUGUUAAGAAUUUAACAUUGAGCCGGUGAGCUCUGCAAAGAUAGCGCCGCACAGCGCCGCGCAGAUCGUCACCUCGGGUAACCGGCCAAGAAGAUGAGUUCGUGCAGUAGCCGGGCCUUGACCCUGCUGUCCUCUGUCUUCGGUGCAUGCGGCCUGCUGCUGGUUGGCAUCGCGGUCUCCACUGAUUACUGGCUACUCAUGGAAGAAGGGAUCAUCUUGCAGCAGAACCAGACGACGGAGGUGAAGAUGGCACUGCAUUCCGGCCUGUGGAGGGUCUGCUUUGUUGCCGGCAGUGAGAAGGGUCGCUGUGUCGCCUCGGAGUACUUCUCAGAGCCCGAAAUUGAAAUCACCACAGAGAACACGGCUAACAUUCUCAAGAUGGUGCGCACAGCUACUCCCUUCCCCAUGGUCAGUCUUCUAUUUGUCUUCACCGCCUUCGUCAUCAGCAAUAUUGGGCACAUCCGCCCACAAAGAACCAUCUUGGCCUUUGUUUCUGGAAUCUUCUUCAUUCUCUCUGGACUCUCCUUAGUCGUGGGCCUCGUCCUCUACAUUUCCAGUAUAAACGAUGAGGUGAUGAACCGACCGCGGGAGCCUGAGCAGUUCUUCCACUACCACUAUGGCUGGUCCUUUGCUUUUGCCGCAUCAUCCUUCCUUCUCAAAGAGGGUGCUGGCGUGAUGUCCGUCUACCUGUUCAUGAAGCGCUACUCAGAGGAGGAAAUGUACCGGCCGCACCCUGCACUCUACCGGCCAAGGCUGUCUGAGUGCAGCGACUACUCUGGGCAGUUUCUCCACCCUGAGGUGUGGCAGCGGGGCCGCAGUGCCUCUGAUCUCUCCAGUGAUGUGUCCAUCCAGCUGAAUCAAGCAGUAGGGAGCUCUUCAUCGGCCCCUCCACCACCUCCCCCUUCCAUAGCUCCGCCAGCAGGGGCUUCCGCUUCCUCUUCCUCAAAUGCAGCUGUCGGGGCGAUAGGGGGGUACCUGCCUCCAAGCCACUCCCACCCUCACCCCCACCACUCACACUACCACAGCUAUGCUCAUCACUCCCAGCACUCCCAUCACGGGCAGCAGUACCAGCACCAAUCUCAUCAACAUUCAAUGCCCAUGACAACGCCAGCCUCCUUGCCCCCUGCACCCAAAUACCACUCACACAUUCGAAUGAGUGCCUCCCCUUGCUAAGCUAAGUCUGAGACGGCUAGCGUAGAGUAGAGUAGCGUAGCGUAGAGCCAAUUAGUAUUUAGUAUUGUAGUUUAAGGGGCGGGGCUUAACAUUACUUUAUUACUUCAAAAACUAAUAAGGCAAAAAAAUAAAAAACAAUUUUUAAAGAGAAUGAGAAAUAAAUACAUCAAUAAGUUGUACAUAGCGACAGUAAUAAUUCAACACUCCUAACCACAUCAACUGACAGCUGUCCUCAAAGGCACACUGACUGACAUGCAGACAGACAGACAAUCAGACCGAAACUUGGACAGACCGACUACAACUGUUUCAGGUCAGAUAGAUAGAUAGAUAGAUAGAUAGAUAGAUAGAUAGAUAGAUAGAUAGAUAGAUAGAUAGAUAGAUAGAUAGAUAGGAAAGGCACUAUAUGAUAGAUAGAUAGAUAGAUAGAUAGAUAGAUAGAUAGAUAGAUAGAUAGAUAGAUAGAUAGAUAGAUAGAUAGAUAGAUAGAUAGAUAGAUAGAUCUCUCUGUGAGACAGACAGACAGACAGACAAUCAAGACAGUCCGACUAGUGGCUGUGCAGUGACAAGCACACAGACAGCUGGACAGAAAUGAGGACGCCGGCCCAAGUGUGAAAGGCUGGGUUGUGCAAAGAGCUUUGAAAGCACCUUGGACUGUGGCAGCAAGGGUGGGUUAAAAUAGGGUGGGUCGGGGGGGGUGAAAGCGUCCCCUAAAUUAGCACUUCUCGACUCUUCCCUGCCUUUGCUGCCCACUGUGUCUGUGAGUUUUUCGUUGUAACGCUGUGGCCCACUCGGUCCCAUAUUAGUGGGUCACGCUGUCAAACCGUGCAGGCCUUGGCUUUUCUCCGAUCUCUGCAGUAUUAGUCUGUCCUCCGUGCUCUGUGCCCUCCGAAGGGGGUAAAGCAGAGGGAGGCACCAUCGUCUGAGUCUGUAGCUUUGUACCCUCUGGCCUAGUCUCGUAUAAGAGGUAGGACUUGGAGAGAAACCAAAGUGAUUAGGCCUUUCUCUCCUUCCUGCUGGGGAACGAAGGGGGACACAAUCACAUUGUCCCAAUCGGCCAGAUCUUCUUCAUAUACCGGCCUCCUUCCCACGAGACUGGAAUUCAAGUAGAUCGUCCUGCUGCCUCUAAACUAGAGUUAGUGCAUUGUCCCAAUCUAGAAGUCCGAUCGCUUGCACCCUGUCUCCUCUCCGCACUCUCCUCCAUGUAAAGAGAGGCACAGCAGUGCAAUGUCGUAGUUGGUGACACUCCCUGUACCCUCGCGUAUGAAGGCACACGUGUGCACUGAACACCUGAAGUCAUUCACAUGUACCCCGCAUGUCCUCCUCCCUUCAGAUGAGCACCUGGCCUAUGGGGGAACCAAAGCACGUCAAGUUGGGAAACACUUCAGCGUCAUCAGUCGAUGUGCCGAAAAGCAUCAGCAGGGCAGGUUUGUCUUCUGAGUAUCAGUUUUAAAAGAUGUUGUUUAUCCCGCUAGGAUGAAUUUAUAAAGCCGUCUACGACGUAUGAAGGGCACUUAUGAGAUGUGGUAUCCGUUGACCGCUCUUUAUGGACAACACGGAGGAGUAACGUGAAAGACAAACACACGCAUUUAACAUCCGCCAGGGAGUCUCGACUUCCACUCAGCCAAUCAAUCAGUUUGGAUUUGCUGGGCCAUUAAAAAGCAGGAAAGAUUACGAAAGCAGCCAAUAAGUGAUUUCUGUGCACCAGGAUGUCUUGAUUUCCAUUCAUGCUAUCCGUCUUUAUUUGUCUCAGUGUCUUCCAUCUCGUAUUUAUAAUUGACUAGCCGUCCCCUGCAGCUUCGCCUGUGUAGUAGUGAAACAGGACAGCGAGGAUGGUCCUGCCCGGCUCCCCACUCCUGACGUCACGCUUCCCACUGCCCACGGCCUCGGAUUAAUAAUAAUAAUAAUAAUACAUUUUAUUUAUAUAGCGCCUUUCCCAUGCUCAAGGAUUAGCGUGAAUACAAGCAAACUAUGAUUCUCAGCACGAUAAGAGAAGUCGCAAAAUCAACCGGAAUGUUCAAGCAAAUUCUAGAAAAAAAAAACCCAAACUAAAUCCGUUAAGUAGUUCUCUGGUUCUCUCGCUAAGCGGAGGUAAGGUACCCGCCCUGAGGCUGGCACGUGUGUGAGGACAGCCCCGCCACCUUCCCCUCAGCCCGUUGCGUCUCUCUCGGAUUAGUGCAAAUAAAUCGGUGCUGCAAGCGAACUGUGAUACUUAGUGCAAUUAGAGAAGUCGCAAAAUCAACCGGAAUGUUCAAGCAAAUUCUAGAAAAAAAA